ACUACGCCAGAAGCCACCCCACAACCAAGAACGACUCUGCUUGGAGCAUGUCAUCAAACUCCGAACGACAUAUCAAUGGAAACAGGGACUGCGGUAAUCUCCGAACAACAUUCGCAAAAAAUUUGGAAAACAACAACUUGACUCAAGAACCUGUUCGCAGUAUUUUACGUCAGGCGGGAAAAGUUCUGAACGUGAGGGGUAAACAGUUUCACAAUCUGGUCGACAUCAACGUUUCGGAUGACGAAGAGGAAUCAGUAUCUCCGCCUAGAUUCUCUGGACGGCCGUCGUCGGUUAGCUUGAAACGUGCAUUUGGAAUCGAGGAGCCCCGGAAAAGUGGUCAAACACUUAUGGAUUUUUUCGAUGACCGGUGGUUGGAAUUCUACGCUACCAACGGGAACGAAAAAUCGCAGAAAGGAUGCCCUAGCGUUUCGGUUAAGGAUUCGAGAAAGGGCCAGAAUUUGCAACCUGUUUUGUCAAAGCCGGUGUCUGAGUUACGGCGGCCAUGGUUCGCUGUGUACUGUGACGAGAUGUACGAUCCACCUGAUCCAUGCAAACCAGACAACGAAUGCUCGUCACCACUUGACCCUGAUCCUUCCAGAUUUUCGUGCGGCUUCUAAUUUUCUUCAGAACAGUUUAUGUGCUGUGGUUGGUGCCUGCAGCAGCUGUUUGGUAGCACACCUUUCCGAUUUUAAAAGUGUAUUCCAUGGUUUGACAAAUAUUGCCAAAGAUGCUGUUUGUUACAAUAUUUUUUUCGCAUUUAGCUGAAAUCGUUAAAAUUAAUGGCAAAAAUAAUUUGGUUGAAAAAUAUAGAAAAGGUGCCGACCACAUCCUGUUUAGAACAACUCAGGAACGAUCAUAACGUUCAUUAUCACCGAAUUCAUCUGGGUAUUAACAUAGGAGACCGUCAUUCGCGAACAACAAAAUAAAUGCGACAGAUCUUAAUUCUCCAGGUGUAAGUUAUCAUUGUGUUUUAUUUAUGCAUCAAGUUCUAAAACAGUUUU